AUGUGGAGCUACGAGCCACGCCCCGAGCAACCGUCACAGCCUCAGAUCAACAGUUGGGCCAUGAGCGACAGGGUCGCUGGCGUGAUGGAUCUUGCUGGAAUUGUCGGUGACGUUGCGCUAAGUCAUGGCAUUGCCUUUGCCAAAAAGAAGUAUCUCACAGUCGCUGUUAGACUACUAACAAAGUCUACGUCUAUAGCCGAUAAACCUCUAAUCGCAAACCUCACAAUGUCCGCCGUAUCCUCUGCCGCCUCUCCCAGCGCUACGGGUGCCUCGUGCACAACCGCCGACUUCACGCAAUUCCCCACCCAAGAUGUCUUCUGCGCCGUCGGCAGCACAACUGGCAUCCCCUCCAACACAUCCGACGCACUCUCGCAAUGCUGCAAGGACGCACCUGUCGAAGAAUUCAACGGCUCAUGCGGAUACUACUGUCUCAGCUACGACCAGACUGUUGCUGAUCUUCAGUCUUGCUUUAUGGACAAGGGCGUGAACCCCAGCCAGAUCUUUUGUUCGGGAAACCAGACGUCGAGCGCAACAGGCACACCUAGCGGAAGCGGAACCGCAAGUCGGACGUCUGGUGGCAGUGGACUAGAUGCUACGAGCUCGGGUUCGUCGGAUAGCACUGGUGCUGCGGCGCCGAUGGGCGUAAGCAAGGCCGGUUUGGGUAUGCUAGGCCCACCGACCCUCCCCCUCCUCGGCAAUAUCCUGUCCAUACCAACGAAAAACGCGCACUUCCAAUUCACGGCAUGGAGAAAGCAAUAUGGCGGCAUCUACAGCCUCAAACUCUUCCACGCCACAACCAUUGUGCUCAGCGACCGCCGCUUGGUCCGCGAACUCAUUGACAAGCGGGGCGCAAUAUACAACAGCCGACCACCUUUCUUCGUCGCGGAGCGCUACGUUGCCCGAGAUCCAGCGAAUAUACCCUUGGUCGUUUUCAUGCCCUCGGGAGAUAAAUGGAGGCUUUGCCGAAAGUUACUGGCACAGUGUUUCAACGAAGCGAAAGUAGAGAAAGAUGUCAUCAAGAGUUUGGUGUAUGGGACGGGCACUAGACAUGCAGACGAACUGAAGGAGUAUACGAUCAUCUUUGAGAAGUAUGUUGAGUUGCUUGAGGUUGGUGCAAUACCGCCUGUAGACUUGUUGCCCUGGUUGGAAUAUGUCCCACAGUGGAUGUGGCGGGGGCGGUGGAAGAAUUGGAAAGACAAGGGUGAUGAGAGUGGGAGGGCAGUUAAUGCUGCUUUUACGAAGAUGGCGGAGCCGGUGCUCGAGAGGAGAAGACGUGGUAUACAUGCCAGUUCUGUUUACGACUUUGUGUUGGAUGAGGGUGAAAAGGGUAUUGAUCUGACGAGAAGAGACUUGGAUGUCUUCGCGGGGUCGUUGAUUGAUGCUGGGAGUGAUACCACGGCGUCGGCUAUACGGGUUUUCAUACAGGCAAUGGUCAAGUAUCCAGAUGUUCAAGAAAGAGCACAUGCGCGUGUUGACGAGGUGGUUGGAAGCACAAGAUCACCGGUAUGGAGCGAUGUCGCAGAUCUACCGUAUGUCGUUCAGAUCAUCAAGGAGGUAAUGCGAUGGAGGCCAUUAGCGGCCAUUAUGCCACAUCACACUACUGCUGAUGAUACGAUCGACGGCUACUUCAUCCCCAAAGAUACCACAGUCCUCAUCAAUGUCUGGGACUUGAAUCGCUCACCAGCUGACGUCGAUACCUGCGAAUCACCAAUGUCAGACUUCGACCCCGAUCGAUACGCAUCACGCACUCAUCCCGCAUCUCACUACGCAGCAUCUCCUAACUUCACUUCGCGGGACCACUACACCUACGGUGUUGGUCGUCGUAUAUGUCCCGGUAUCCAUCUUGCCGAGCGCAGUCUGUUCACUGCUAUUGUGAAGCUCCUUUGGGCUUUCGAGUUCAAGGAAAAGCCAGGGAAGCCGGUGGAUGUUGACCCUGAAACGGGGUUUAUGGACGGUAUUGUGAGGACCCCGAAGAAUUUUGAAUGCGCAGUAAACCUCGCAGCUACCUCAGGUAAAGCCGCCAUUGCAAGAGAUCACGACCAUCACAGCUAUAGGGACGUCUUCGCAGUCAACGUUGAAGGAACGUUCAACUGCAUGUCUGCCGGGCUCCGCAACAUGCGUUCCGCAAGUGAGGGUGUAAAGGGUGGAUCAAUCGUAAAUGCAGCAUCGACAGCGGGACUGGUCGGCAAACAAGGCAAAUCGGUCUAUUGCGCGUCAAAACAUGCGGUCAUUGGACUUACGAAAGCUGCUGCAAGGGAGGAGGCCAAAUCUGGCAUUCGGAUCAAUGCUAUCGCACCAAGCUUUGUAGACACACCCUACAUGGACGCCUUCGAUAUUGAACAUGGCCUCGGACUCCCUAACAGCGCCGUGCUCGGCCGCCGCCCCAGCCCCGAACAAGCCGCAAAAGUCAUUCGAUUCCUGCUUAGCAGCGACGCGAGCUUCGUCACUGGUUCAGUCUGGCAGGUCGACGGCGGCGCAUUGUGUUGA